AGAACGCUCAGUUGGCAUCGAAAAGUCGCCUCGCGCGCUUGGCGGCAAAAAACAAACAAAAACAAAAAAGAAGAAAAAAGUUGAAGACUUAUAUUAACUAAAAACAGAGAGUGAGUGGCCGAGAGAGAGCGCAACACUAGCGCGCGCCCACUCGCACUCGCAGGCGAAUUCAAAACAACAAACAAACAAUCAAAUCAAAUCAAAGGCAGUGAAAGUCGUAAAAGACAUAAAUAAUACGAAUAGUGCAAAUAAAACACAACAAGAACGGUAACCCCCAGCGCUACAACAAUAACAAUAAAACACUAAGCCAGCAGCACAACAAAAAGUAAUGCACUAAAAUAUUAAACAAAAAAUAUAACAAGAAACCGGAAAGUGCACAGAAAGAAAUAAGAUCAUAAGAUCUGUGUUUCGGAACUGAUAUCGCAAAGUGCCAUCGAGGCUGAUGCUGCCAGCGUCGCCGGCGUUGUCGCUCUAACUGCGAACGGUACGCCGUCCGUCGCAGCGCCGUACUGCUGUACCGCUGUACCGCUGUACCGCUUCACCUGUCCGCCGAUCGCUCAGCGGUCCACAAACCAGGCGCCCCAUCAAGAAGAUGGCGCAGCAACACGAGGCAACAGCGUCCGCCGCCGAGAAGCCGCUGAAUAACGGCUACCUGCAGGCGAAUGCGCCGCUGGAGGAGCUGAGUGCCACGGUGGUGUCGCCACUCCUGGGGCAGCCGCAGGUGCAGCAGCAGACGCAGCCGCAGCAGCAGCAGAACAAGCUGCCCACUGUCGUGUUCCUGGCGCCCGACGGCAGUGGGGGCGUGGGAAUCCAGCGAGGGAAUCCAGCGCAGGCGAGUCCCGGUGGAGCCGCGGGCACCGGGAGCCACAGCGACUGGCUGCUCAAGGAGUCGCAGCAGCGGCGCCGCCUGCUCGUCCUGGCCAUCGCCUUCACCGUCCUGGGAGCGGCCAUCGGCGCACUGGCCAUCUACUUUGCCAGCGUCCAUCAGCGGUGCCAUCUGUACCGCGUGGAGCCAGACAACGAUGACAGACCGAAAGGCAGGUGGGACCAGGAUUCGGGAUCCGCCCACGAGGGGCCGGAUAACAUUUGCAUGACCCAGGAGUGCGUGAGAACAGCGGCCUCCCUGCUCUCGGGCAUGGACCUGAGCUCCGAUCCCUGCGAGGACUUUUUCCAGUACGCGUGCGGCACGUGGAACAAGAUGCAUCCCAUUCCCGAGGACCGCAGCUCCAUCAGCACGUUUGAGGUCCUGUCCGAUCAGCAGCAGGUUAUCCUGCGCGCAGUUCUGGAGGAGCCCAUAGAUGAACGCGACAACAAGGCCACGAUAAAGGCAAAAACCUUCUUCAAGAGCUGCAUGGAUAUACCUCAAAUCCGCAAGGUCGGAACGGGGCGACUCAAGCAGGUGCUGAAAUCCCUGGGCGGCUGGCCGGUCAUCGAGCGGGACUGGAGUCCGCCGGCGGAUCUCUCCGUGGAGCGGCUGAUGGGCCAGCUGCGUCUGAAAUACAGCGAACCGGUGAUGAUCGAGCUGUACGUGGGCGCCGACGACAAGAACAGCUCGGUGAACAUCCUGCAGAUGGACCAGCUGCAGUAUGCGCUGCCCUCGCGGGAUUACUACCUGAAGGAGAGCAGUGCCAACGACCGGAGGGCCUACCAUCGGUACAUGACGCAGGUGGCGUUGCUGCUGGGAGCGAAUCCGGCCACCGCCGCCGCGGAACUGGAGAAGGUGGUGCUCUUCGAGACGCAGCUGGUGAAUGUGUCGCUGCCGGAGGCGGAUCGCCAUGACACAAGCCUGGUGUAUCGCAAGAUGCUGCUGCCGGAGCUGCAGGACCUGGUGCCCGAGGUGCAGUGGCAGGAGUAUCUGCAGGCCGCCCUGGGACCAGGGAUUCCACUGCAGGAGGACGAGCCGGUGGUCACGUACGGCCUGCAGUAUCUCACCGAAAUGGGCAAGAUACUGGCGCACACCGAUCGCCGGGUGGUGCACAACUACAUGCUGUGGCGCCUGGUCAUGUCCUUGAUGUCACACAUGAUCGAUGAGUAUCAGCGGGAGCGGGUGGAGUUCAGCAAGAUCCUAAUGGGCAUCCAGUCGGAGAGGACACGCUGGUCGCAGUGCGUCGAGUGGACCAACAAGAAGUUGGGCGUCGCCGUGGGAGCCCUCUUCAUCCGGGACAACUUCAAUCAGGAGAGCAAGGAGGUGGCCCUCGAGAUGAUCCACACCAUACGAGCGGCCUUCAACGAACUGCUGGCCGAGAACGAUUGGAUGGACAACGAGACGCGGGCGGUGGCCAAGGAGAAGGCGGACUCCAUGAACGAGCGGAUCGGCUAUCCGGAGCUGCUGACCAACGCCACCGAGCUGGAGCAGGAGUACGUGAAUCUAACCAUCGUGCCCGACAACUUCAUCAACAAUGUCCUUAGCAUUCUGCAAUGGGAGUCGGAGAAGAUGCUGCGACUUCUUCGCCAGCCGGUGGACAAGGAGAAGUGGACCACCGAACCGGCGGUGGUGAAUGCCUUCUACAACCCGAAUAAAAACGAUAUAGUAUUUCCUGCCGGCAUCCUGCAGCCGCUGUUCUACAGCCAGCACUUUCCCAAGUCCCUGAAUUACGGCGGAAUUGGAGUGGUCAUUGGCCACGAGAUUACCCACGGAUUCGACGACAAGGGCCGGCAGUUCGACAAGGAGGGCAAUAUGAUGCAGUGGUGGAACAAUGCCACCAUCGAGGCCUUCCGCGAACGGACGCAGUGCGUCAUCGAUCAGUACUCGCGCUACAAGAUCAAUGAGGUGAACAUGUUCAUGGACGGGCGGAUGACGCAGGGCGAAAACAUCGCCGACAACGGCGGUCUCAAGCAGGCAUUCCGGGCCUACAAGAAGUGGGAGACCCUACAUGGGCGGGAGCAGCUGCUGCCCGGCCUGAACAUGACCCACGACCAGUUGUUCUUUCUCAACUAUGCCCAAAUCUGGUGCGGAUCGAUGCGGCCGGAGGACGCUCUGACCAAAAUCCGAUCCGCGGUCCACUCGCCAGGAUUUGUUCGUGUCCUGGGGCCACUUUCGAAUUCGCGCGACUUUGCCAGCGCCUACAAAUGCCCACUGGGCAGCACCAUGAAUCCGGCGAAAAAGUGCAGCGUGUGGUAGUCCGCCGCGGUCGUAGAUGCUUUUUUUUUUAUAUAUUUAUAUCGCAUACUAUAGUAUAUACAUAUCGAUAUACACCAUACGAGUACUGUAGAUCACCUGCGGCAACAGCAACGCAACAGCAACGCAACAGCAAUGCAACAGCAACGCAACAGCAAUGCAACAGCAAUGCAACUGCAACGCAAUUGCAACGCAACAGCAGCGCAACGCAACAGCAAUGCAACAGCAACGCAACCGCAAUGCAACAGCAACGCAACAGCAACGCAACAGCAAUGCAACAGCAACGCAACAGCAAUGCAACAGCAAUGCAACAGCAACGCAACAGCAAUGCAAGAGCAACGCAUCUGCAACGCAACUGCAACGCAACUGCAACGCAACUGCAACGCAACAGCAACGCAACAGGGCGAUGAGAUCGAGGACCAGUUUGAUCUGUGCUGUUCCAAUUUGUUGUGUAGUCCCCCGUUUUAUAUUCUGUUCGUUAUGGCGCUGCAUUGCAUAUGUACUUUAUACCUGGCUACAUAGAAUUAUAGUGUGUUUGUUGCUGUACACGAGUGCGCUAUCCGAGUAGCCCACAAAAGCCCCGAAUCCGCACUUUUCACACACCUCUCCUUACCGGCAUUAUAUUCGUGAAUAAAGAACCAAGUACGGAAA